AGCGCAUACCACCAUGUCGUCGGAUCCGGGUGCAUCGUACUACGCUGGCUUCGUGGCAUUGUGCAUCAUCACAUUGAAGGCAGUCAAUGAGGAGGUCACGGAGCCGUACAUGGACGAGCCGUUUCACGUCCCGCAGGCGCAGGCGUACUGCAAAGGGGACUACUGGACCUGGGAUCCAAAGAUUACUACACCACCUGGACUCUACGUGCUGAGCCUGCUGCUGAAGCAAGUCUUCAUGUUCAAAUGCAACCUCUCCAUGCUCCGCUUCACGCCCGCGCUCUCUCUUGCCGCGCUCCCCUUCGCACUCACACGGCUCCUCUGCUAUCACAAACGCGUGAGGCUGCCGCACACCGUCUUCGCGCCGACAACGGAGGCCGUCGUCCUCGCUAGCUUCCCCAUUGCGUGGUUCUUCGGCUUCCUAUACUACACCGAGACGCCGAGUGUUUUCUUCGUGGUCGCGACGGUCGUGGCGGCAUCACAGGGGAGGCAUUGGCUUGCUGCGCUGCUAGGUGCCGUCAGCUGCACGUUCCGCCAGAACAACAUUGUCUGGGUGCUAUACGCGUAUGCGUCAAGCCAGCUCAUGUACCUCCGGUUUCGCCGCACACCUCCGGGUGCCCGGCCGCUUGCGAAGCUUCACGAUCCACCUGCUCUCGAUGCUACACCAGCGGACCUGAUCCAGUGCAUAAUCACCUUCCCAGGGGUCCUUGUAGACAUCCUUGGCGCUUUCGUGCCCUAUGCGUUGGUCCUUGCAGGUUUCGGCGCCUUCGUAGUAUGGAACGGCGGGAUCGUCCUUGGUGAUAAGUCGAACCACGUCCCAGCCUUGCACAUCCCGCAGCUGUACUACUUUGUGGGGUUCGCUACCAUGAUGGGCUGGCCCGCCCUGAUCAGUGGGAAAGGCGGUCUAAGUGCAUUAGCGCGGGAUGUGUGGAAUCGGAUGUUCGGCAGCGCAAGAAACACCGUGGCUACGGUUGCAACAGCAGCACUCAUGGGUGUGACGGUGUAUAAGUUCACCAUUCACCAUCCGUUCUUAUUGGCAGACAAUCGACACUAUACCUUCUAUGUCUGGCGCAGAAUCUUCAUGAUGCACCCGGUUGUCCCCUACCUGCUGAUCCCGGGCUACAUUGCCUGCGCAUGGGCGUGGUUCAUUCGCAUCGGGCAAGACCAAACCUUACUGCAGAACCUCCUUUUACCCGUGUUCGUUCUUCCUACCCUCAUUCCCACACCGCUGCUCGAGCCACGCUACUUCCUCAUUCCCUAUAUCUUGCUCCGAGCUCAGGUGGUAGACGCCCCGUUGUGGGUGGUAUUGGGAGAAGGUUUCUGGUACGGGCUGAUCAAUGCCGCCACGAUGUACGUGUUCCUGCACAAAUCGAGGGCAGGUGUAGGGCGAUUCAUGUGGUAGUAGUGUCGUACAAUGCAUGUACGGUCCUGAUGUGGACACGUUGUCGGA